AAAACCAUUUUGGAUUAUAGACAGUACACGCGUCCACCGUCCCCACGACUUUUUUACAGCUGUUUCUCACACGCAGAAUUUUUCUAUAAACAGCAGUUGAAAUCCAGCUUAUCAAGAUUUUUGUUUUGCUUCAUUCUUUAUUGAAUUCUCAAGAAAGUCCUAGAAUCUUGUUCUUUGCACAAAAAGAUCGAAUCUUUACACACACCCAUCAAAGAAUAACUAAGUAUUUUUCAGUUUUCAUCGCUCAAUUUCCAGUUUUUUUGUUUUGAUUUUGCUAAAAAUGGGAGCUGAAGCUGAGGUUAUGGUUCAACUUCAACAUACCAUCCCUGUGUUGGAUGUCCCCUGUUGUUCUGAUUUGGAUGUCAAAUCACCAGAGUCGACAAUAUUGCAAUUCAUUCCCAGCAUUCGCUCAGGUAGCUUUGCUGAUACUGGCCCACGUAGGUUCAUGGAAGAUGAACAUAUAAGGAUAGAUGAUCUAUCUGCACAUCUUGGCUCACUCAUGAAGUUUCCGAAGCCCAGUGCUUUCUAUGGGGUAUUUGAUGGUCAUGGAGGACCGGAAGCUGCAGCUCAUGUGAGAAAAAAUGUACUCAGAUUAUUAUUUUCAGACACCAAUUUUCCAGAGACUUCAGAAGUUGAUGAUGCAUUUCUAGAAGGGGUGGAGAGUUCUCUUAGGAAGGGGUUUCUUCUGGCUGACCUCGCUUUAGCUGAUGACUGCAAUGUUAGCAGUUCCUCUGGAACCACUGCCCUGACAGCUCUUGUGUUGGGAAGGCUGUUAAUGGUGGCAAAUGCAGGAGACUGCCGAGCAGUCCUUUGCCGUAACGGAGAGGCAAUUGACAUGUCUCAAGACCAUAGACCAAAUUACCCAUCAGAGAGGAGGCGUGUUGAAGAGUUAGGUGGAUUUAUUGAUGAUGGCUAUCUGAAUGGUAUACUAUCAGUGACCAGGGCCUUGGGGGACUGGGACAUGAAGCUGCCUCGUGGCUCUGCGUCUCCUCUGAUUGCUGAGCCAGAAUUUCGACAGAUAGUUCUGACAGAGGAUGAUGAAUUCCUUAUUAUUGCUUGUGAUGGAAUCUGGGAUGUCUUGUCUAGUCAACAAGCAGUUAGUCUAGUGCGUCGAGGUCUACGACGGCAUGAUGAUCCUGAACAGUGUGCCAAGGACCUUGUCAUGGAGGCCUUGCGGCUGAAUACAUUUGACAAUCUCACAGUAAUUGUUGUAUGCUUUACUUCCCCUGAUCAUCAAGAGCUAUCACCAAUGCGUCAAAGGAGAUUAAGGAGCUGCAGCUUCUCUGCAGAAGCCUUGUAUAGCUUGCAGAGCUGGUUAGACAACAAAGGGAGCCAUUGAUGGCGGUGCAAGCUGUUUGCAUCUGCCUCAUUUGGGCAGAAUAAAGAGCAGCUAUAGUUUUGGUAGUAUGAUCUUCUUUUCUUGCUUUUAUAUUUGGGUGGAUGUAUGUACAUACCAUUCGUUGGUGAGUUGGGAGAUACACUGACUUUUAGUUUAUUGUGGCUGUUAGCGUAUGGCCGUGUUUAUGUAAAACCCAUUCUAUUAGUUGUACAUAAUGAAAACUUGGUACUUGUUGCUCCGUAUAGUAACUUGGUACAAAGUAA